GCGUUUUGCAAAAAGGAUUGCGUACCAGCAGAGCGUACGGCUACAGGCAAUAAAAAUAGUUUGCAGCGGUGCUGAGCCAGCACGCACACUUACUUCCAGAUCAAUUUUCUCGGCGACUGAUGGAUGCGAACUGUCCCGCGCCAAUGCAACCCCUCGUUUGCCGAUUCCGAGCACAAACCAUAACCACGUCUCGGAACAUUUUCAUUUGCCGCGUGCGUCGAGUGAGUCGGAUGCAUUUUAAGCUAAGAUAGCCGGCGCGUCUGCUGCUUUAGAAUGUUUGUGCCUGCUCUGCGCGAGUCGAGAUGAACUUGCCCUACUGAACUACAAAGGUCAGUGCCGCCAGAGCAGCAAAUCCAGACAACUGUCGGUAGCAGUCAAAUUUCUUCUCACCUCAGCAAAAAGAUGCGCGUGAACACUUUGGUCUUGGUGGUCGUGCUGCUUGCGUGCAGCGUGUACCUGGUCGAGGGUAACCCGCUGGCCGUUUGCAUCCGCAACUGCGCUCAGUGCAAGAAGAUGUUCGGAGACUACUUUGAGGGUCAAAUGUGCGCCGAUUGGUGCAUGAAGUUCAAGGGCAAGCUGAUUCCGGAUUGCGAGGACAUUGACACCAUCGCGCAGUUCCUCAACAAGCUUGAGUAGCAAGCGCCCCAAUGGUCCAUAUCCCCGAUCUCUUGCAUGCUGAAUUUUAGGCACGCUAAUCGUUACGGUUUUGUGACUGCCGCUCAUGAUUUGCGAAAUCGUUUUUUUUCUAGUCAGUCUAUUCCACUUCUCAUUUCUGUGAUAUUUAAUUCUGAAUCUACUAAUUUUCCUGUAGUGUAGAAUAAUAAAAAUAAUCAUGAAAAUGAACUGA